UCCUCAUUUCACCCUGGAAGCUCGAGCUGGCAGCUCAGUGCCGUUUUCUCUGGCUAAAGAAACAUAUUGAUCGUUUAUCUAUCAACAUUAAAGAUGCGACAGGUCAAAAUGAAGAUGCUGGUUUUCCUGUCUCUCCUUGGAAUAUGUCUCCAUGACGCGGCGGGAGUGACUCACUCUCUGAAGUAUUUCUACACUGCGUCUUCUGGAGUCCCAAACUUCCCAGAGUUUGUGGUUGUUGGGUUGGUUGAUGAAGCUCAGAUGAUUCACUAUGACAGUAACACCAGGAGAGCAGAACCCAAACAGGACUGGAUGAGCAGAGUCACAGAUCCUCAGUACUGGGAGAGGGACACUGGGAUCUUGAUUGGUUCCCAGCAGACCUUCAAAGCCAACAUUGGCAUUGCAAAGCAGCGCUUCAACCAAACUGGAGGUGCACACGUUUUCCAGGAGAUGUACGGCUGUGAGUGGGACGAUGAGACUGACGAGGUUAAAGGUUUUAGGCAGUAUGGUUACGAUGGAGAAGACUUCAUAGCAUUUGACUUUAACAUAGAGACAUGGAUCGCUCCAACACCACAGGCUGUCGCCACCAAACACAAGUUGGAUAAUGACAAAGCUUACUUAGCCGCUCAAAAGAACUACUACACUCAGAUUUGUCCUGACUGGCUGAAGAAGUAUGUGGACUAUGGGAGGAGCUCUCUGCUGAGAAAAGAGCUUCCCUCAGUGUCUCUCCUCCAGAAGACUCCCUCCUCUCCAGUCAGCUGCCACGCUACAGGUUUCUACCCUGACAGAGCCACGAUGUUCUGGAGGAAAGAUGGAGAGGAGCUUCAUGAGGACGUGGACCACGGAGAGAUCCUCCCCAACAACGAUGGAUCCUUCCAGACGAGUGUUGACCUGAAUCCUCCAACUGGAGACUGGGAGAAGUACGAAUGUGUGUUUCAGCUCGCAGGUGUGAAGAACGACAUCGUCACCAAACUGGACAAAUCAAAGAUCAGAACCAACGGAGGGAAUCCCUCUGACAUGACUGUCAUCAUCGUCAUUGUUGCAGUGGUUGUUCUUGCUCUCGUCGCCAUCGCUGUCAUUGGAUACUUCAUUUACAAAAAGAACAAAGCCAAACGCCCUCCAUCUCCUGUAAGCAACCCUGAAGUUUUGGAGGAGCUGAAUCCACAAGCCUAAAUGACAAACACGCCACCCUGAACACAGUUUAUGGAUAACUUUUACAUUGGAUCAAGAAACAUCCUCCUCUGUAAACUGGGAAUUCAUUGAUUAUUGAUCACCUUUUAUAAACUGAUAGAAUCAGGGUUGGGAUUGAGGAGUAAAUGCUUAUUGAAUGCCUUACAAAGAAAACCAAUUUUAAAAAUUAGUUAAAAAAUCAAAUGUUAUCAAAUAUUAACAGUGACAUUAAAUUAUUUUGAAUAUUUAGUUUCAAUUGCAAAAGUGGAAUUUCCUCUCAUUGGUAAAUUAAAUAAGGAUCAUUUAUAUUUUUUUCUUGAAGAGAAGUAAAACAACAAUGAAAGCAUCACAGAACUCUUCAAACAUACCUAAAUGAUUUAAAGUUGUGUGUUCAUCUUAAACAAAUCCACCUUAGUUACAGUUAAAAACUUCUGGUGUUGGGUUUUCUGGUAAAAUCAAUAUGGUAAUACAAAAAUAAAUACACAUAUAUAGACACACACUCAUCCACGUACACGCGUUUUAAAAUAUAUAUUCAUAGGGUCUGGUAAUAUGAUGAUAAAUAACAGAUAUUUGUCAACCCGUAAAACGUUGUCUUUACUGUUUUAAUGAGGAAAGUUGUUCUUUGUUUCUCUGGUUUUAUUCGAUCACUGGCAAAACUGCAAAUCAAUCAGCAAUAUCCAAAAACAUGCUGCGUAAACUGGACACCUUCUAACUGCGGUGAAUUAUAUUGGUUUAUGUUUAAUUCACUAAAUGGCUUCUAAAUUGAAUUUCCACAAAAUGCACAGCAUCAGGAAUACAACGUGAAAUUACACAAUCAAACAAUGAUAUGUCUUGUGUGAGGUUAGGUUGUUGCCCACACACACACACACACACACACACACACACACACACACACACACACA